ACUGUGCGGACGUAGCAAAGUUUUUCAUUCGAAAUUUUUUGACGUUUCCUGGACGCGUUCUAAGCAAAUAGCAAAAUUUACGCGGGUUCCGAGCUUUGUAAUUAAUUGUGUUUGAAUAUUUGUUGUUAUACGCCGAACCACAAUCAAAUUGAACUAAAACGUUUUAAAACCCUCAAUUGUUGUGAUAAAAUAAAAUUAAAAUUAUAAAAUAUUAAAUGUGAUUUGUUUUAAAUAAGAGAAAAUUAUAAAAAACUUUAAACCAAGCGUAAAAUGGUGAAAAUGCUUGACUUGGAUCGUCAUGCUGAUUGUCCAUUGUGGGAGGCAUUGGCGUCAUCGUCUGUACCCUGGACUGGGGUCCGCUAUGCCUGCCUCAAUGUCUUGCAUGCCUACUGUAAAGUGUUUGACAAGAAGGAAAUUUAUGAUCUCAUUGUAAGAAAAACUUGCCAAUCCUGCAAAUGUCCCCGCGAAGCACAUGCAAUUUACCAACAGCAAACCACAACAGUGCAGGAACGUUUGGGUUUCAAAGUAGUAUCACCUGCAGAUUCUGGUGUAGAACCACGCGAUCUAGGCUAUACAUGGGUACCACCAGGUAUACGUGCCUCAUCGCGUAUUAAUCGUUACUUUGAACAAAUUCCACAAGAUAAAAUACCUAAAAUUGGAACUGAAGGCGCACGCUAUCGUGAACAACAGAUCUCAUAUCAAUUACCGAAACAAGAUCUAUCGCUGGAGCAUUGUAAACAUUUAGAAGAACAGCAUGAAGCUUCAUUUGAAGAUUUUGUAACUGCACGAAAUGAAAUUGCCUUAGAUAUAGGUUAUAUAAAGGAUGCACCAUACGAUGAGCAUUGCGCACAUUGCGAUGGUGAAAUUGCAACUGGAGAAAUGGUUGUGGCUGCGCCGAAAUUUGUGGAGAGUGUUAUGUGGCAUCCACGUUGUUUUACUUGCAGCACGUGUAACGAAUUAUUGGUGGAUUUGACGUAUUGUGUCCAUGAAGAUAAAAUCUAUUGUGAACGUCAUUAUGCGGAAAUGUUAAAACCACGCUGUGCUGGCUGUGAUGAGGUAAGCAUUUUAUAUAAAACUUAUUACCGUUUUGUACUAUCACUAUUUUAA